AUAACUGAUAAGUAUUUAAUUUUAAUCCUCAAUAUGUAUUCACUUUUGUAAAUUUUGUUAGUUGUCAUAUUUAAGAAUAAAGGAGCUUUAUAAAAGUUCAAUUACCCGCAAUGAUUCCUGCGUUAAAUUUAUUUUUAGAUUCUGUGGUGGAUACAAUAGCACCACCUAUUCCAGCAUUGGAGAAUUGUAUAUACCACUGGGAAAAGUUCAUCUCAAACUACCUAGAUUGGACUACCGAUGGAGUAUGUUCAAACACACAUAUUGAUGUAACUAAUAUUCCAGUUCAUCUUGAACAUCUUAAACAGGUACUAUUAUCAGAAGAUGAAAAUGAUAACUACACCACAAAUUCUAGCAUGGAAUAUGCACUGCAAAAUGAUCUCUUCAAUAUAUUGGCUAUAAUUGCAGAAAAAGAAAAAUUAAUCGGUCUCAGAUUAUAUAUUUUAAGAUUUAUGACAGAUCUUAUUGAAAAGUUGAAUAAUCCCAUGCUAGCACACCAAUCUGUUUCAAGUGCUCUUUUGAAACUUAUAAAUUUGUGCGACUAUGUUUUACAUUCUGAAGAUCAAACAGAUCAAAUCCAUUUUCUGUUUACACUAUGCAGUCUGUUGAAAAGUCAACCAAAUGCCGCAGUUCUAUUUUUAUCUCGUGACUCUGAAAAUUACAAUUUAAAACAUCCAACUGCACAACCACAAGGAUUAAAUCUCUUAGAUUGCCUUCUUUCCUAUAUUAAUACCAAAGAUACAAAUGUGUACAUUUUAUUUUGUAAAUGUAUAUUAAUUUUAAUAACAUUAGAAGAAGAAAUAGUAGGAAACUCUAUCGUUGAAAAUACAAAAUUGUGUCUUGUACUAUGUUCAAAUUUAAAAAAUCUGUUUUGUAUGUUACCAACAAAAUUAGAUUACAAUGGCUUGGAGGCGAUUGAAUUGAAAUGGAGAACUGAUUAUGACGCAACAUACUCAAAUGAUGUAACUAAAUUCUUUUGUUGGUUUGAUUUUAUUAUUGAAGUAAUUAAACACGGACAAUUUAUUAUAUCGUGUAACAUUUGUGAGUUAUUAAAAUCAGUAUUGUUUGAUGAAAUAAUGUACCUGUCUUUGGAAGAAAUUUCUAUUUCUACAGUAUUUAUAAUUAAAAAAAUGUAUUUGUUAGCAAGAAGCUCUCCUUUAAUACAUAUGAUCAAUAAUUGGAUUAGAUCACCAAAAGACAGCAGAAAUGCUCCAUUUGAAACUUUAAUUAAGGUCUGCUAUACCAAAGAUGAACUUUUAACUUUUCAUGUUAUGAGUUUUUUUAAUGUGAUACUAAAUGAACUGGAUAAGGAUAAUUUAGAAUUUAUAGUUUUACAAUAUGUAAAUAACAGAAGCUAUUACGAAGGAAAUAAUUUUGUAACAUGGAGUGACGAAGAAGACGAAAGAGAAAAAAAAACAUUGUUAGGAAUUAACAAAAGUAACACUAGCUGUACACUCGCACCAUCAAGUAUUGAUCGUAUAAUAAAUAGGUUAUUAACUCUAUAUCCACAAAAUCUACAAUCGGACUCGUUACAUACUUUCAAAAAUUAUAUAAAAGUAACAAAUGACAAGUAUGAAAACGUUUUUGACGUAUGUAAGCAUUUUGAUUGGCCAACAGAAGCAAUAGAAAUUGAUAAAACAAAAGAAUUUUAUUCAGGACCAUUUUUAGAAAUGAUUUACAGCAAAAUACAUAGCAUUCCAAACCAAAGUCCAUCAAUAACUUUACAGAUAAAGAAUAUUUUAAUAUUACUUAGUUUUCUACCACACCCAUAUUUACAUGAAUAUUUACUAAAUUCUACUGUACCUUUAAAACGUAAUGUACCAUCAGCAUAUAAUACUUUGUGUCAAGUGAUUAAGAAAAUACAAAGAACUAUAUUGACACUUCCUAACUAUUAUAAAGAGUUGAAUACUGCAAGAGAGCGAGUGUUCAAUAAUAAUACUUAUAAAUUGUUUAAAAAUGAAAAAGAAGAAAAGUCAAUAUUAUUUGAUAAUGCUGUAAUAUUGGAAGAAUUGUGCAAAGAAAUGGUGGCUGUAUUAUUUGUUAAGUAUCACUAUUUUAGCUUAUAUAAGGAAUAGAAUAAUUUCGUAAUUAAUUCCUAUUUUAUUUAACUAACAUCAUGUUAAUAAAAAAUAUAUGUUACUAUUAUGAUUGUUUACAUUGUUAGAUU